CCUCCCUUCUCAGACCUCAAACUUCAGAUUCUUUCUUUAAAAUCUCACUCUAAGAAUUUUCUUAGCCACAUUUUCAUUGCUGUUUUCUCUUUUUAUUCCUAGCUCCAAAGAAACCAUGUAACUGAUGAGAUGUCUGGUUAUUUUUAUUAUUUGUAUGCCGAUAUAGUUGUUUCAAUGGACUGCAGGCUUGAAUAGCAAUAACAAAAGAGAGAGAGGAGAUGAGGGAGGAGUCAUCUGGUUUGAUCAUUGGGAUUUCUAUUGGAGUAGUGAUUGGUGUGCUUUUAGCCAUUUCCGCAUUAUUUUGCAUUAGAUAUCAUAGAAGGAGAUCCCAGAUAGGAAUCAGCAGUUCCAGGAGAGUUUCAACUAUUCCUAUCAGGGCUAAUGGAGCUGAUUCAUGUUCUAUAUUAUCGGAUUCGACUAUAGGUCCUGACUCACCUGUGAAAUCCGGAAGAAAUGGAAUGUCCGUGUGGCUUGAAGGGUUUAGAAGGAGUAAUGUUGUCUCCGCUUCUGGAAUACAUGAGUAUUCGUACAAGGAUUUGCAAAAAGCAACCUCUAAUUUUACAACACUAAUCGGACAUGGAGCCUUUGGUCCGGUUUAUAAAGCUCAGAUGUCAACGGGUGAGACUGUUGCUGUAAAGGUGCUUGCGAGUGAUUCUAAGCAAGGAGAGAAAGAGUUCCAGACGGAGGUUAUGUUGUUGGGAAGGUUGCACCAUAGAAACCUUGUAAAUUUGGUUGGGUAUUGUGCUGAAAAGGGUCAGCAUAUUCUUGUCUAUGUAUUUAUGAGUAAAGGCAGCUUGGCUUCUCAUUUGUACAGUGAAAAACAUGAACCUCUGAUCUGGAAUUUGAGGGUUUAUAUCGCUUUAGAUGUAGCAAGGGGCUUGGAAUAUCUUCAUGAUGGGGCAGUUCCUCCUGUAAUACACCGGGACAUCAAGUCAUCCAAUAUUUUGCUGGAUGAUUCCAUGAGAGCUAGGGUAGCUGAUUUUGGACUUUCAAGAGAAGAGAUGGUUGACAAACAUGCAGCUAACAUACGAGGAACUUUCGGAUAUCUCGAUCCGGAGUAUAUAUCGACGAGGACCUUUACAAAGAAAAGUGAUGUUUACAGCUUUGGGGUAUUGCUCUUUGAACUCAUAGCUGGCAGAAAUCCUUUACAGGGUCUCAUGGAACAUGUUGAACUGGCAGCUAUGAGUACCGAAGAGAAAGUCGGUUGGGAGGAAAUUGCGGAUUCACAAUUGGACGGGAAAUUUGACGUGCAUGAGCUCAAUGAUGUAGCCACCCUCGCAUAUAAAUGUGUCAACCGUGUUCCCAAAAAACGACCUUCGAUGAGGGAUAUCGUGCAAGAGCUAAUGCGAAUCCUUAAAACAAGACACGUUAAGAAGCAUCGUAAGUCUCUAUCUGGUGCCAUCAUGGACGAUGUUUCUGUUGACUUAGAGCAAGGAGAAACUAAGUUUCCGAUAACCGUGCACCGGAGAGACGAGUCCGUGGACAGCAGCUGACUCCAUUUGUUGAUGUGUUAAAUUUUUCUAAUGGUUUAAUCUUUGUUUUUGUGACAUGUAUUCCGGAUGUAAAGGAGCUAAAGCAAAACCCAGGUUUGGUUUUAGAAUUUGAGUUCUCUAUUGAGUUUCGAGGGUGUUUAGGGUUAAAAAAAACAUUGUAAUUUGGUGUAACAUAGGGCUUUUUUGUGAUUUAAUUUUGUAUAUUAAUACUUCAGAAGUGAAAAUGAACCGA